UAGACAAAAAUAGUUAUCGAGUGAUUUUUUAUUAUUAUUGGAUUGAAUUUGUUUUUAUUUUGCAAAGCCGGUUGAAAACCGAAAAAUGCGAUUUCUAUACGCAUGCUUUGUAAUCGUGCUGUGCGCCCUGAUCUUCUGCGAGUACGUAGCAGACUUUGUGGUGCUGCAAAAGUGCAAGUGGCCGGAAAUCAAGCGCAAGAAGUAUGUCGAUGAUCCGCUAAGGGCGAUGAUCCUGGCGGAUCCCCAUCUCCUGGGUCCGCAUCGAGGCCACUGGCUUGACAAGCUUUACCGGGAGUGGCACAUGACGCGUGCCUUCCAGGCGGCAUCCCGACUCUUCCAGCCAGACGUGGUUUUCGUCUUGGGUGAUUUGUUCGAUGAGGGUGAUAUGGUGAGCGACAAGCAGUUCCAGGAAUAUGUGUGGCGCUACUUAAAGAUGUUUCACCUGCCACCGGGUAUACCACUCAUCAGUGUCGCAGGAAAUCACGACGUUGGCUUUCACUACAAGAUGCACCCCUUUUUCAUGUCACGCUUUGAAAACUAUCUGAACUACUCAUCUGUGCAUUUGUACACAAUCAAACAGAUCCAUUUCGUCGUAAUAAACUCCAUGGCCAUGGAGGCCGAUGGCUGCAUAUUUUGCACCCAGGCCGAGGAUGAACUGAAGAACAUUUCGCGAACGCUUCACUGCAUGAAGUACCCACUAGAGGCAGAGUGCGCCCGCACCAGACGGCACCCGUAUAGCCAGCCGAUCUUACUGCAGCACUUUCCCACGUAUCGAAUUUCAGAUACCAUGUGCGAGGAACACGAUGCUCCGAAAAUCGAGGCGUUUCGGGAACGCUUUCACGUGCUCUCCAAGGAUGCCACGGAUAUGCUGGGGGAACUGCUAAAGCCGAGAUUGGCAUUCGCCGGCCAUUCACAUCACUUUUGCCAUAGUGUAAAUCGGCUGGGCAUCGAUGAGUACACGGUGGCCUCCUUUAGCUGGCGAAACAAAGUCAAUCCCAGCUUUAUGUUGGCUACCAUCACCCCCGAUGACUAUGUGGUCUCCAAGUGCAAAAUGCUGCCGCAGCAGUUUGUCUAUAAUAGCUAUAUGAGUGCUGGCCUCUUCUGCCUAAUUGUGAUUGCAUUCCAGCUGCGAAAGUUCAUCAAAAACAGAAGACAGUCCUUGACCGCAGAUCAUCGGAAGGUCAAUUAGUACGUAAGAGCGAGCCUUUACAAGGCACAUCCUCUUUUGUGAUUUAUGCCUAAUUGGGGCUUAGUUUAGACUAGAUACAGCCAGAUUCCAGACUCCGAUCCCAGAUCCAAACAGUGGUCAUAUCAUUCCUGCUGCUUUGCAAUCGCUAAACUAUAUUCUAGGUGUAAACAAUUCGGAAAGUGUGUGUAUGAUCUAUUUAUUGAAUUUAUCACAGACAUUAUGCUUGUAAAGUCACACGGAAUACAUUAUGAGACACAGUCUGCUGACUACAAAUCGAAAAUGCCAAAAAAAGUGCUUGAACAUAAGCUGGAAAGUAAAGAACAGAUACGAACAGAACAAUUAAAUAAAGCUAUAUUAUAAUACAAUAA